AUGCGAACACUUCUCAUUCUGCUCGUUUGUCUCGCCGCUUUUGCGUUCGCCCAUUCGACGAGAUCGCGUCAGCGCAAUCGCUACAAUCUGCGCGGUUGCUAUCAGAACUCGGGCAAAGUCUACGAGCACAAACUCACACGCCGCGUUUACGAGUUCGACGAGUUCGAAGCCGACGAUCUUCCCGAUAAUUGGGAUUGGCGCGAUGUCGAUAGUGUCAAUUAUGCAUCCGUCGAUCGCAAUCAACACAUUCCGCAAUAUUGCGGCUCGUGUUGGGCGUUCGGCGCGACGUCGGCACUCGCCGAUCGCAUCAACAUCAAACGCAAGAACGCGUGGCCGCAAGCCUAUUUGUCGGUUCAGGAGGUCAUCGAUUGCUCGGGCGCCGGCACGUGUGUGAUGGGCGGCGAGCCGGGCGGCGUCUACAAAUACGCGCACGAGCACGGCAUUCCGCACGAGACGUGCAACAACUAUCAGGCGAAAGACGGAAAAUGCAAUCCCUACAAUCGUUGCGGCUCGUGCUGGCCGGGCGAGUGCUUCACCAUCAACAACUACACGCUGUACAAGGUGACCGAGUACGGCACCGUUCGCGGCUACGACAAAAUGAAGGCCGAAAUCUAUCAUAAGGGCCCGAUCGCGUGCGGCAUCGCCGCCACCAAGGCGUUCGAGACCUACGACGGCGGCAUCUACAAGGAGGUCACCGAUGAGGACAUCGACCACAUCAUCUCCGUUCACGGAUGGGGUGUCGACGAGGAGACCGGCGUCGAGUACUGGAUCGGUCGCAACUCGUGGGGAACACCAUGGGGAGAGGGCGGCUGGUUCAGAAUUGUCACAUCGAAAUACAAGAAUGCCGGAAGCAAGUACAAUCUGAAAAUCGAGGAGGAUUGCGUUUGGGCGGAUCCCGACGUCGACAAUCUUUAA